UCGUGUUGGGAGGUUGUGACGAUGUCGUUGGAGAAGGCGGCUUUGGCGCCGCGCCGGACGUCAUUCGUUUCCCGCGCGUUUUGGAAGAAGUCGCUGGCUCAACUGCAAGAUGAGAUCCACCGUGAUGUCCACGUUCGGUCGCUGUCGCUCUUUGACUUGAUCAUGAUUGGAAUUGGUGGGACUGUCGGCAGCGGGGUGUUCGCCACAGCGGGCUUGAUAGCUCGUUGCUACGCUGGCCCCGCAGCGGUGCUCAGCUGGAUCCUCGCGGGUAUUGGGUGUGUCCUGACGGGAUGUGCGUUCAUGGAGCUGUCGGGGUUGAUUCCUACCCACGGCAGCACGUACGCCUACGCUUACCAUGCCCUUGGCGAGUAUCCCGCAGUGAUCGCAGGAUUUCUCUUGACCCUCGAGUACGGCAUCGCAUGUGCCGGCAACGCUCGCGCGUGGAGCGCCAAGUUUGUCGUGUGGAUCAAACUCAUGUUCAACAUCGAUGGCCCAACCUGGAUGAAGCCACCAGGCACAUCCAUCGACCUCUAUGCGUGCGCUCUCAUGACUGUGUGCGUGCUGGUGGUGUGUGCUGGCAUGGCCAUAGGGAAGCGUCUCAUCAACGUCAUCACGUUGACCAAGAUCGCGGUCGUGCUGUUCAUCAUCGUCGCUGGAUUGACUCAAUUCCACGUCGAAUACUUGGAUCCGUUCCUGCCACCAUCCACCGUGAACGCCGCAACGGGCCAGGUCGUGUUUGGGUGGCCAGGGGUUAUGGUUGGAGCGAGCGCGAGCUUUUACGGGUAUAUCGGCUACGACGAAGUAUGCUGCCUUGCAGGAGAGGCCGUGAAUCCUCGUAAAAACAUCCCCCGCGCCGUGCUGGGGACGGUCAUUGGGGCGGCAAUCCUCUCUAUCAUGGCAACGCUGUCUGUGAUGGGAAUGCAGCGCUACAACUUGAUUGACGUCCACGAAUCGUACGGUGAGGCGUUCAAGUCGGUCGGGUACUUGUGGGCGAGCCCCAUCGUCGAAACUGGCGAAGUGUUGACGAUGCCGGUGGGGAUUCUUAUCGGGUUCCUCGCCCAGCCUCGUGUUCAGUGUGCGAUGGCGACGGACGGUUUGUUACCGCGAUUCUUGGGACAGCUCGACGCGUCGGGCAAUCCCCGCGUUGGCACCGUCGUCGCUGGGGUCAUUCUCAUCACGUUGGCUACGUUUGUCGAGUUCCAAGUCCUGUGGAACUUUAUUUCGCUCGGGAUUUUGUUGGCUUUCAACAUGACCAACGUGUCGCUACUCGUCGUGCGCUACGGCCCUGCGCCGACGUUGCACGUGCGGAGUUGGCAACUCCAGCUCCCGUUUGUGCUGACCCUCUUUGGCCUGACGUCGUUUCUCAGCGCAUUGCAUUGGCAACAUGGCGCGAUUGCCCCCGUGGUUGCUACGAGUCGAGGUGGGGAAGCGUAUGCAGCGUACAUGUCGUCGGCGGGCGUCCCCAUCGCAGCAGUGUGCUCCGUGGCGAUGGUGGCUGCAAUGGGGAUUCUCGUUGGGAAUCCCCCAACACAUUUCGAAGACGAGGACCUGGGGGACGAAGGCAAAGGAUUGUUCCAUUGCCCGGCGGUGCCUUACGUUCCGUGCAUUGCGAUAUAUUUCAACUGGCUGCUCGCCGUUCAGAUGCCAGGGCACACCGUCCUGAUGAUGGCCGCCUGGAUCUUGUUCGCAACCAUCACGUACGUUGCCUAUGGCACCCGCCAUGGGCUUGCAUCGACCACUCCAUCUGCAUGAUGGAAAACUCUUUGGACGACACGUGUGGCGCCGACUGUGCGCGAGAUUUGCCCCUUGUAUCCUUCGUCCACGACGCAUUUACGCUGCCAGAAAUGUAUUUGUCGUUAUAUCGAUCCAAACUGAACACGUCGCGAAGGUUGAUGGGGA